CCUUCGCAUUCCAAGUUCCCUCCACCAUGUCCGCUGCCAGUCUAGCAAACCGAAUCAUAGGUAAGUCAUACAUGUUUUCAGUGUAUACUAUGUCUACAAUCACUGUCGCCGUACAGUGCCGGUGGCUGUCGCCGCGGCCGUUGUGCAGGCCAGCCUUUACGAUGUUCCGGAGGCUACCGUGCAGUUAUGUUCGAUAGGUUCUCUGGAGUCAUGGACAAGGCGAAAACUGAGGGAACUCACUUCCUCGUACCCUGGUUGCAGCGUGCCAUCUUGUAUGACUGCCGUAUAAAGCCCAGAAAUAUUUCCACCACGACUGGCUCGAAGGAUUUGCAAAUGGUCUCCAUUACCCUCCGAGUGCUCUCGCGCCCGGAUGUUGAGCAUCUUCCAAAAAUCUAUCAGAGUCUGGGGCUCGACUACGACGAGCGGGUACUUCCGUCGAUUGGUAACGAGGUGCUCAAGAGUAUUGUGGCUCAAUUCGAUGCAGCGGAGCUCAUUACCCAACGUGAAGUGGUGUCUUCGCGAAUUCGGGAGGAUCUGCUUCAGCGAGCAGGGGAAUUCAACAUCAAGCUGGAGGACGUCUCCAUCACACAUUUGACAUUCGGAAAGGAAUUCACUCAGGCUGUCGAAGCGAAGCAAAUCGCUCAACAAGACGCUGAACGGGCGAAAUUCAUUGUUGAAAAGGCGGAGCAAGAGCGUCAGGCCGCCGUUAUUAGGGCAGAAGGCGAGGCGGAGGCAGCUGCAACGAUUUCGCGAGCGCUGACAUCUGCGGGGGAUGCGUUCGUUACGUUCCGGAAGAUCGAGACGAGCAAGGCGAUUGUUCAGUCGCUCUCUGGGAACCCGAAUGUGACAUACAUUCCGAGCGGGGGAGGCAAUGUUCUGUUGAAUGUACCUACGCGCAAGUAGACACCAGAAUAUACUCGCACUGUGGCGUGCUCGAACCUA